GAGAUACUAUCUGUUUAAUUUUGGCGUGCCAUAGAAUUUCUUGCACACAUUUUUGUUUGGGGCAACAAAAUGCAGUAGUUUAGCGACUACAAAGGAAUGAGGUCUUGCCAAAAACAACAGAGAUUGAAGCCUGAUUUCGUAAAUGGUCACCACAAAAUCGGUCCAAGCUUUGUCAAGAAAGCAUGGUGUAAUCCUCGUAUCUUGUCCACUGAGAGGAUCCCAAUUUUGUGUGUUCAUUGCUCGGCCUCAGUGAGUGGACCCAAAACAUUAAGUAAGAGAAUAUAUGACGAUUUCACACUAUGUGGUCGACGGACUGCGAUUGGAAUGGUGUUGGUUACGUCUGUUUUUGGGUUACCCAUUGUUGGUUCCCAUGGAGCUGGAUUGCCCCCAGAGGAAAAGCCAAGAUUAUGUAACGAGGAAUGUGAAAAGGAGCUUGAAAAUAUACCUAUGGUAACUACAGAAUCUGGUCUGCAAUAUAAGGAUAUUAAAAUUGGAGAAGGUCCGAGCCCACCCAUUGGUUUUCAGGUGGCUGCAAAUUAUGUUGCCAUGGUUCCAUCAGGGCAAAUAUUUGACAGCUCGUUGGAAAAAGGCCUACCUUAUAUUUUUCGUGUGGGAGCUGGUCAGGUGGUCAAGGGACUUGAUGAAGGAAUUUUGGGCAUGAAAGUCGGAGGAAAACGUCGACUGUAUAUACCAGGCUCCUUAUCAUUCCCCAAGGGCCUUACUUCAGCACCAGGGAGGCCAAGGGUAGCCCCAAACAGUCCUGUAAUAUUUGAUGUUAGUUUGGAGUAUGUUCCAGGUCUUGAUGACGAGUAAACGUCAGCUUGGAGUCUGUUCGACGGAUCGACAAUGAGUCACGGAGAACUUCACAUUUUUAUCUGUAUUCAAAAGGAAAAUAUGAUGUGAAAGAAACAGUUCAUUCUUUGUCUCCAUGUCCCUAUAUGCUACCCUUUUAUUGUGCAGUUGAGGUUGAGUGUUGAUCUAUUCUUCUGUAUGCAAAGAAACCUCUUGAUCAGUGGAUGUUGUGUUAGAAAUUUU